CCCCUUCGUGACGUUUGCUGCACUUGCCGGUCCGUGAAACAGAUACGCAACGUACCGUAGAAAAAUAUGAGACUUUUGAUGUAAAUAAAUCCUAACUAGCGGUACUCUUGCGUCAGUUCCACCGUCCACAAAUAGCUAUUUUUAACGGAAGUUAACGUGGGCCCCCGACCUCAAAACGGUUCGUUCCGGUUUCGCUCUGUACACACACGCACGCAAGUGUGCAGUUUCGUGUCACGUUCCGUCGUGUGGUAGAACGUGAAAAAAUCGAGAUUUUUUGUCACGUUUUUUUAUUGGGUGGUUCGGGAAUACGAGAAAAACAAGUGACGGCCGGUUUAAUCGGGAAGACGUGGUGUGCGGUUGGUACUAAAUAGCGGGCAGUUAAUCGUAAAUAAAUAACAAUCAAGCAAUAAAUCUCGAAAGUGUCGCCGCCGGUGGUGUUUUGUCGUGCGAUACUGACCUAAUCAAAUAAAUCGGUGCGUGUGAGUGUGAUUAAUCCAUCUUAUUGACAUUUAUCUAAAAAAUAGGUAGUUACUGCAACACAAAAUACGCAACAUAAAAGCUAGUCGUACAAUCGCGAUACAGAGAAGCAAGUUUAAGUUCCAACCUGGCUAUGACCGGUGCUCCCAGCAUGGCUACCUCCAGCGGCAAGAAGCUAUCGAUGACCAAGCAGAACGAGCUGAACACGCUGGUCGACUCGUUGAUAAAGAGUAGCUUCAUGAAAACGCCCACCGUAAACGAGCAGUACGCCCAGUACCAGGAAAUGUACUCGGUGCUGGAGCGCAUCCGCAAGCUGGAAUCGGAGCUGAAGCUGAAAACCAGCAACGGAAAGCCCCGCCAGGCCAACAUCGAGUCGUUCUGCCGGUGGGCCAAGGAGCACGGCUGCCAGUUUGAUGGGAUCAAAAUUUCCGAAUUUUCCGGCUUCGAGCUGGGGUUGGAAGCGACGCGGGAUUUCAGCGCAGGGGAAGUUUUUGUGACGGUGCCGCGGAAGCUGAUUUUUUCGGUGACGGCCGACAGUAAGAUCCCGGACAUUAUGAAGGACAUCCCGGUGAUGAUGGUGCAAAAUCUGUCCAAUUUGAUGCUGGCGCUGCUGCUGAUCGUGGAGCGCUUCCAGCCGAACAGCGUGUGGAAGCCGUACCUGGAUGUGCUGCCGGAUCGGUACUCGACGGUGCUGUACUUUACCCCGGCCGAUAUGGCCGAGCUGAAGGGAACCAGUGCGUUCGUGCCGGCGCUGAAUCAGUGCAAAAAUAUCGCCCGGCAGUACGGGUUCAUCAAGAAGUUUAUCCAGAGCAAGACGGCGCUGCUGAAGGACAACUUUACGUACGAUUUGUAUUGCUGGGCCGCUUCGACGGUAAUGACGCGACAAAAUCUAAUUCCGGUCAAUCUGCGAGAGGAGGGAGAGACGGUUAAGGUGGAAGGUCAGGCCGGAGAGUCGGCCCCCAAUCCGGUGCUGAUUCCGCUGUGGGACAUGGCAAACCACGUCAACGGGCAGAUCACCACCGGGUACAACGAGGCCGCCCAGCAGGUCGAGAGUUUGGCCCUCGGGGACUACCGGAAGGGCGAGCAGAUCUUCAUCUACUACGGCAAUCGGACGAAUGCGGACUUUUUGGUGCAUAACGGCUUCGUCUACCCGGACAACGCCAACAGCGCCGUGGCCAUCCCGCUCAGCCUGAACCCCACCGAGGAGCAGUUCGAGCAGCGCAAGCAACUGCUCGAGAAGCUCGGUCUCGCGUCCAGCGGCGAUUUCAACGUCCAACGUGGUGGCGGCGACUCCUUCAUCUCGCCCGAGCUGCUCGGUUUCGCGCGCGUUUUCAACAUGACCAAAGAACAGCUCGGCCACUGGCUGGGGGAAGAUGCGGUGCAAUCGCAGCUGCUGGAACCGGACUGCCCCGGGCUGGAGGCCAGUCUCCGGGAGAAGGUCUGGAAGUACCUGUCGAUCCGGUUGCAGUUGGCCCUCCGGAUGACUGGGACCACGCUGGACCAGGACGAGGCCCUGCUGGCCAACCAGGGCCAGAAGGGAGCGCAAAAGUUGGGCCACAUCAAGUCCAUGCUGGUGCAGUUUAGAGUCGUCGAGAAGAAGAUCCUGAGCGAGGCACUCGAGCACUGCAAGCAGAAGGAAGUGGACAAGAAGGAAGUCUGAAAACAUCCUGCUGCAGAUUGUGUUGUAUUCCUCUUAGAGUGAGCUUUCAUCUGUAGAUUCCAGUUUAGUCCUAAAUGCCUGCAUCAAAUCGCAUUUUCGUUUUCUCAUCGUCCGCCCGCCACUAGUGCUUAGCUGAAAGCUUUUCCUAUUUCCACGCUUGGUUUGCCAAACGAAAUUUAACCCCCGAAUUUAGUUUCGGAGUAGCUCGGCUUCAGUAUUGAUUUUGUACAACUCACACACACACACAACACGCACGUGCCCCUAACCUUUUGUAGAUUGUAAUUAAAUUAUUGUUUUUUUUUUUUUAAGUUUUGAGCCAUCUUAUUUUCUUUUUCUAAUUGGCGGUACAAGAUAGACUGUUACGCAUUGAAAAGUAGAAUUUGCCAAGCAACAUCACACGCCCAAAUAUACAUAAUAAAAUUGUUCGAUAACUGCCAAA